AUGUUCCCCCACUCCCCUGUCCACAACGUCCCUCCUCCACCCCCCCUCCUGCCUUCCCCACUCCCACUCUGCCCCCCACACCUCUACGAGCCGUACCUCCCCCUCCAGCCUCCCUUUUCCCCCCAGCUACUUCCGCAUCCAGCGUGGGCUGCACCUCUGCAUCCUGCCCUGCCAGGCCCUUCGACGACCCAACUGCCGCCACCUGACACCACGCCGCCUUUCCCACCCCCAUCCAAUCUCUACACCCCCUGCCCCUGCUCCCUGCGCAAUCCAGCCACCUACCCCAGCCUCCCUCUACCUCUCCCUAACUCCACACCGCCGUUCCUACCCCCAGCCAGGGUCUACACCCCUUGCUUUUGCUCCCUGUGCUGUGCCGUCCCCAACCUCCGUCCGCCUUUCCGCGGCACCAGACCGCCUCUCCCUCCCCCAGCCAACCUCUGCACCCCCUGUUCCUGCCCCUUGUGCCUUCCAACACCCUACCCCAACCCCCCCCAGUCUCCCCCUUCUCCAACACCCUCCAUAUUUCCUCCCCCCUGGGGCUCGCCCAUCCGCACGCCUCCUUUCGGUGCCCUCUCGGCCCUCCCACGUUCUCACCCCCCGCCUCCCAACCUUCUCAUUACCCGCUACCAGGCCACGCCAACUCGACUACCCACUACCCUUUGCCCCUUCCUCUCUGUUCCCCACCCUUCCUUCCCCACUUGGCUCCACCUGCCCACCCCCACCUCCCGUGGAAUUCUGCCCUGCCCUCCCCACCUCUGGCCCACCACCUGUCCCCACACCCUGCUCACCCACCACUACAUCACCCCCGCCCCCCCACCUCCACUACAACCCGCCAACACUUCCCCUCUCAACCGGCCCCCAGCCCGCCCCCCCUUGGGCCCCAAUCCCCUCCAACUGUCAGGCCCCCUCUACCCUCUCUUCCACCCACUGCGCACCGCUUUCCCCACCCUUUUUCCAUUUCCCCAAGCUAACCCCCCGCACCCCGGCCUCUGCCAGGGAGUUCCUUCCCCCUUUGACGCCCUCUUGAGCCAACUCCAGCAACUCACACCGCCACCGCCAGGCAUGCUGCCUCUAUUACUUGUGAAAACACUUAAUCCUACUAGCACCCCCAAGCACAUAGAAGCGGGAGAGGGCAGAGCCAGGGGGGAACUUGCAGCUAACACUGCACGGGAAGGGGUAAGUGAAUUUGUGUGCGAAGGAGCAGCAGAGGCUGCAGAGGAUGGGGCAGCAAAGGCUGCACGAGAAGGGGCAAUGGGGGUUGUGGGGGAAGGGGCAGCAGAGGUUGCAGAGGAAAGGGCAGCAGAGGCUGCAAGGGAAGGGGCAGCAGCGGCUGCACGGGAAAGGGCGGCAGAGGCUGCACGGGAAGGGGCGGCAGGGACCGUGACUCUGGCCAGGCAAAGGGCAGAGGCCAUGGAGACAGUCGAGGCUGCAAGGACUGCAGCAGGAGCGACAGAGGCCACAGUGGGGGCCGGUACAGGGGGAGGUGCUACGGGUGCAGCGGGGAAGGGGGCAACGGGGACUGGUGCGAGGGAGAGUGCCGCCCCGGCUGUAGCAAGAGAGGGUACGGCAGGGGCUAGAGUGGGAGAAGGGACAGCAGUGGCCUCAAAGGCAGAAGGUGAGGCUGCAGCUGAAGCAGCAGGGAGGGCCAUAGCACGGCCAGUAGGGGUGGCAGGGGCCGCAGCAAACGCGGGGAAACACACAGCAGGGCCGGCAGAGACUGCAACAGGGGCUAGCAGUAAAGCGGCAGCAAGCGGGGUGGGCUCGUGGGACAUAGGGGCAACAGGGGAAGGAGAGGUGAGUGUGGUCCCGACCGGGGUGGGCACUGAAGAGGGGGAUGUGAUAGCGAUAGAGGAGGAUGAGGGAGAGGAUGUGAUGCACAUUGACAGGCCACUGGCCCAAUACCUCACGCUUGACGGUGAGGCCGACCCGGCCCCCCUGCAGCCUCACGUCGAGGUUCCCCCUCUACCCCCCAUGCCCGUCCCCAUGCUAGCAGAAGGACCGAUGGAGGGGCUGGGGGAGACCUUGAGGACAGAGCCGCGCGAGGGAGCCCCCAUCCUCACCUCCCGUCCUCCAGCCCACCCACCCCCAGGAGCACCACUUCCCCACCCCCACCCUCAGGUCCCGGUAGUAUCCAGGGGGGCAGCCAAGGCCCUGGCCUUCUUGGCGGAGCCGUGCUCCCCGACCCCCACGUUGCUCCAUGGCCAGCCCCCCCCUCCGUCCCCAACGCCUGACCCCACGGUUGCAGGCGGUCCACCGGGAGAGCACGCGGCCACCCCCUACCGGCCCACUACCCCCCCUCCACCAGGCUCCCCCCCACCCGGCAGUACACACAUCUCGGAGGUUGAAGCAUCUCUACGGCCAAAUCCCUCUCCCACACGCUACAGGCACCCAAACCACCCGAGUCGCCGCACAGCCCCAACACGCCCACCCAACAGGCUGCCCCCCUCACACCACCCACCCCAGGCAGCCGAGACCCACCCGCAAGGGCUUGCGCCCCAGGCUCAUGGGAGCGACGGCACCCGGGUAGAGGGACCCACAGGAGAGGCCACCACAGAGCCCACACAAAUCUCUCUCCCCCCACCGCUUGUACCUCGCUCUAACCUCCACACUGGCCCAGCCCCUCGACCCCCACCUCCAACCCCCUCUCCCGGCCGGGUUCCCCACGAGUGGCCCCGUUGGGCAGCCAUCACCCCCCACACACAGCCUGCCCGAUCUGUUCCCACGGACGGGGAUGUUUCGAGGAGAGAGGGGAUGCACACAGAGCACCCCCCGCCUGGCGAACCACCCAUCCUCCCUCCACCCACCCCUUUGGCCCCACAGCCCCCCCUUCCUUCACAAACAGGCGCGGACAACCAGGUUGGCCGCCGGCGGAAGAAUAGGGGCAGAGGAGGCAGAGGGUCAGCCCACGUACUCCCCCCUCCCUCCCUCCCCCACCAAGAGCCCCUCCCCACCCCACAUCCCAUUGAACCCUUACCAGGCCCUACCUCUACAGCCCGACCACCAAACCUACACUCCCGCCCCGCUCCUGCACCUCCACAGGGCCAUGGGAGCGGACCAGCCCACUCACCCCCAUUCUGCCCCUCUCGUGCUGUGUCCCCCUCCCAGGUGGCGGUGGCCGCGAUCGCUACUGGGAUGGAGGCCGUCGGGUUGAGGGAUGCGCCCAUGGAAGACGCCACCGACUCUCCCUCCCAUCCCUCCCACCCCUUCCAUGUCGACGACCCCCCACCGCAACCCAUGGUGAUUGGGGAGGGCCAAGGGGGCCUUCUAGGGCAGGGUCCACACCCGAGCUCCGCUCAGCCAGCACGCCCCACUCCACCCUCCACCCUGCCAGCCCUCCUACUCUCACCCACAGGCAGGCAGGUCUUCGAGACCCCAGAGGAGGUGAGGGCUGGCAUUUCAGAUUUGCUGGCGAUACACUGCCCGAGCAGCUCUCCGGCUGCCCCCACCCUUCCAGUCCCACAGGACCGGACCCGGACGUAUGCGGAGGUCACCCGGUCUGUCCCUUCUUUUAUCCCCCCCGCCACUCAGCCAGGCGCGUCACUCCCGACCCCAAUGGAGACGGACCAGGUUCUGAGGCCAUGUCACGCGCACCUAGAUGGGGUGGCGCCUCCCCCCGUUCAGCCCGUGGCGCAGGAGGUCACCAGCAGUAGGGAUGAGGCAUCCGCCCCUACCGAGACCCCUCCGCCUGGGGUAGCAGAGCCGUCACUUGAACCGCACCCCGCCGAGGGGCAGGAGCACACCACGGCACACACUUCAGGCUCACCUCCACGUCCCCCCUCCCCAGCUUCGACACCGGUACCGGCACGAGGCCCGGCCCUAUCCUGUGCGACACCACCUCUAUCUUCGCUGACACCCCCCCCGCACGGGGCGGGUGAGUCGUCUCCUCCCCUCAUCCCAGGCGAUCCUCUCGGAGCUCAGGCCGCCCACUGGGUCCCCUCUACAGCCAGUUCCGACGCCACGGCCCCGAUUGACCCCGCCGACACGGCGACAUCACCCGACCAGGUCGUGAGUUGCCCCACCUGCAGGAGCUCUCUCGCAAACCGACGCGCGCUCCAGCACCACAUUCCCUUCUACCAUCCUGCGGACGCGGCUCGCAAGGCGCAGGCUGCCCAUGAUACCGCCUCGAUCAUCCCUUCCCUCUCACAGCCCCGUGCAACCGGGAUACAGUUCACCGACGCACAGUGGCAGACGCUCGACUCGGUGGACUGGACAGAGUACUUCUCGCCCGAGCGUAUCCAUGCACGCCCUCUCCGACGUGUCCCGGAGAGGGUCCGCGGAGGAUAUCUCGACGUCCUCAGUGCGAUCCUAGUCCGCAUUGCCCAGGACCCGGAGGCUGCUGGCCCUACCUUCCUCCUCGCUGCAGCGCCGACUCUUUUCCUUGUUCCAGCGACGCCACCCGACCGCUCGCACACGGCUGCCAUUGCAACGCGCAUCUCCCGCUUUGGUCGAGGUGAGUGGGCUGAGCUAGUCUCAGAUGCACUAGGCCGUCGCACACCCCUUCCUCGGCGCACAGGUCACCGGUCACGCACCGCCACCGAUCCCUCUACAGCAGAUGAGCGCCGCAUUGCACGUUGCCUUCGUCUGGCUGCGUGCAAUGAGACCUCACGGGCGUGCGCGGCUCUCGAGUCCGCGGAGGCAGCCCCAAAUACACAGGGGACGAUACAGCGCCUGCAGUCGAAGCACCCCAACGCGGAGAGGCCGACCCCAGCUUGGCAGUCAGGCUUCCAGGGGUCCCCUCUCGUGCUCUCGGUGGAUCACUUACACCGCGCGAUUUUCACAGCUCCGCGGGGCUCUUCGAGAGGACCGUCCGGUUGGGUCGCUGAGCACCUGCGAGACACUUUCCUAGCUUUCCCUCAGAGUCUCCAUUUCCUCCUUGCCGUGUACCAGCAGUGGCUUCGAGGCCGUUGCGCUCCAGCUGUGCGCUCCUUGCUAGCGUCUUCCACCCUCGUGGCUCUGGCGAAGUCGAACAUGGAUGUUCGGCCGAUUGCCAUCGGCGAGGUUUUGGUCCGCAUUCUUUCUCGUGCAGUCUGUCUCCAGCUACUUCUGGUGGAGGGGGAUGUCCAGCUCUGGUCGUACGCCGAUGACACGUACGUGCUAGGUCCCCCAGACAGGGUGCUGCACCACUUUGCCGAGAUUGUGAGGCGCUUGGGCGAGAUGGGCCUUGCAGCCCAGCCGCACAAGUGCCUCGUCUACCAGACAGAGUCCUUUCUGUCCAGGGAUCUGGAGGCCUUCACGGGCCUAGGGAUCGAGGUCGCACGCCGAGGGCUCACCGUGACAGGCGUACCGGUAGGCACCGUUUCGUUCGUGGAGCAGAGUCUCCCGGAUCGUCUCGAGAGGAUGGGGCGGGUGCUACCUUGGCUUCCAAGGUUGCGCCAGCCCCAGACAGCUGCCCGCCUUCUGUCGGCGUGUGUCAGCACUCGUCCGCAGUACCUGUCGAGGACCGUCCCUCCUUCGCCCGCAGUGAUCUCUAGUUUUACACGGUGGGACGCACGCCUGGGAGAGACAUUUCAGCAGCUUUUAGCUUCAGGGACCUGGGCUUGUCGCGAGGACGUCCGAGAGGCCGCCCUAGACCAGAUCUUCCUCCCCAUCCGUCUCGGGGGUUUCGGCAUUUGUCGCAUGGCACGCAUUGCCCCGGCGUUUCGGCAGAGCUUCGCUUCAGGUGAGCCAGAGCAGAUCGACCGGGCUCUGCAGACGGCGCUAGAGGGUCUCCCACCUGACGUUCUCUCUCUCCUUCCCCCCUGGCCCUCUUGCGCUUCUGCCUCCCCCGAUUCCCUUUUUGCAGGAGCGAGCCGUCUUCUGGAGGCGCAUGCCUUGGAGGCCGUGCGUGCCCGUCACGCCUCUCCCUUGCACCUUGCCCGUUUGACCUCCCUUCAGGGCGGAGGUGCAGGGGCGUGGUUGACGUCGGUGCCGUACGCUGACCCACUGCGCAUCCCGGAGGCGCUGUGGCAGGACGGCUUCAUCUUCUCGUCUUGGUCUCCCUAUCCCCCAGUUAGCCCUUGCAGCGGGGGAGCAGAGAGGCGAGGCGGGAUCGCCGGGUGGCGGGGGACAGUGGGACAGCACCAGCUGCAGGGUCAGGUGGAGCGAGGGAUAGGUGGGCAGAGGGGACGGCAGGGGGAGCACACGGGCAAGGACGGGGAGGGGAGACGGCACAGGCAGCAGCAGGAGAGCCAAUGGAGGCCGCGGGCCCAGGGCGCCGCGCCUCCAGGUUCGGCCUCGGGGGUGGGGCAGGGGCGGGAGCAGCAGAGAGCGGACGGAGGUACAGGAGGGGCAGCGGGAUUGGGAGGGGAGGGCCAAGGAGUGAGAGAGGCAGCAGGGGAUGGAGCAGGGGGGUCGGGAGGGUUGGGGGAGGGUAGAGAGGGGGAGGGGAGAGGACAGGUGGAUGGAGGAGAGGAGAGGGGGAGAGAGACGAUCGGAGAGGAGGCACCAAGGGACCAGACAGGGCAGCAGCCAGCGCAACAGCAGGGACCAGUCGGACGCACAGGCCGUGUAGGCACCGCCUCCCGCAUCCCAGACCUCACCUGCCGCGACGUUGGCCAGGGUCUGAUGGUUCUUGUGGAUGUCUCCAUAGCGGAUCCACAGCGGGAGGGGAACGUGCAGCUGAGACGGGCGACCCCCACACAGAUUGGAGUGGCAGCAGCUAGGCGGGUGCAGGAGAAGCUGCGGCACUGGGGGCCGCACUUAGAGGGGCUGCAGCCGGCACCACACUUUUACGUGUGCGUGGCAGAGACCUUUGGCCUUCUGAGUGAGCCGCUGCGUCAGUUUCUGGGGCUCUGCGCAAAGAGGAUAGCACAGCGGAGGAGGGAUAGAGGUGGGGGGGAUGACGGAUCGGCACGGAUAUUUGAGGCAGGACUCACUACACGCCUCUCCGUUGCACUGCAGCGCGCGCAGGCUCAAUGCAUGAUCCAGCAUGCGCUUCGGAGUUCUGAUGGGAUCCGGCGUAGUAGCCGAGGUAUGAUCGUACCACGUCAACCUCGUGCCCCGACCGCUACACACCCCUUGCCCGGGUCCCCCCCUUCGUGGUCACACCCCCUGCCCCCUCAUGCCAUCCGCUCCCCCCGCCCCUACCCUCCGCGUGCCCGCUCCCUUGCCGCCUCUUUUGACCCUCCCUGCCCCCCCUCGCCGUUUCCAACCGCCCGCCAUUCGCUCCUCCCCGCCCGUGCGCUCCCCUCCUUUACCUUCUCCUCCCCCCUUCCCUCCUCUGCUGCACGCCUCUUCCUUCCCCUCGCCGACCCACUCCACUCCCUGCCCCUCCUCAAUCCGCACCCUGCCCCUCGUAUCUCGCCCCCCUAUGCUUGGUUUCUCCCCUCCCUGCCCCUCGCCGCCUUUCCCCGCUCCCCACCUCCCCCCUCUCCCUGCCCCCCCACUCUCCCCCCCCCUUGUCCUUGGCUUCCUACCUCCCUGCCUCACCUUUCCCCCCUCCGUGUGCUCAGCUUCUCCCCUCCCUGCCCCUCCCUCCUCCCCGCCCUGCCCCUCAUUUUCCGCCCCCCCCCACGCCCGGUUUCUCCCCUCCCCGCGCCUCCCUUUCUUUCUCCGUGCCUCUCCUUUGCUCCCUCCCUGCCCCCGCCUGCCCAUGCCCUUGUCUUUGGCUUCUCCCCUCCCUGCCCCACGUUUCUUCCCUCCCUGCCCCCCGUCUGCCCCUCCCUUGUUUUCCCCUCACCCAUUGCUUCUCUCCUCCCUGCCCUUGAUUUCCCACAGCCCUGCCCUCGUUUCCUAUCAUCCAUGCCCCUCGUUUCCCCCUUCCCUUCCCUCCCUGCCCCUCCCUUCCUCCCCCCCUGCCCUUUGCUCUCCCCUCGUUACGCUCCCUUCUCCCCAUCCCUGCUGCCCUCUUACCACCAUCAGCCCAGUCCCCACGACCAGCCCCCCUCCCACCCUUCAAUCCCCCCCUCCCUCUCUCUCUCUCUCUCUCUCUCUCUCUCGCUCUCUCUCUCUCUCUCUCUCUCUCUCUCUCUCUUUCUCACACACACACACACGCACACUCCCCUCCCCCACCCCCCCCCGUACAUCCUCCCAUUCUGCCCCUCCCUGCCCCUUUCCCACCCCCUCGCACGCCCCUCACCUCCCACCUCCGUGCAACUGGUUUCCCCCCUAUGGUGCCACCCUUGCAUCGCUCGCCCCUCUGCUCACCCUCUGCCCGCCCCUUUUCCGUGCCCUCAGUUGGCCCAGCCCCUGCCCGUUGCUGCCCCUCCCCUUGCCCCCUCAACUCCCCUGCCCCCCGUACACCCCAAGUCCCAUCCAACCGCCCCCACCCUCCCCCGGCUGCCCGUUUCCGCUCUCCACCCCCGCGACCCAUUACCGCCCCUCUCCCCUUAUCCCCCACCACGCCCCCAAGCAGGCUUUUCUCCCCCAGCCCCCGUCUCCCUGCCCUUAGUACCGCCGCGCUCUGCCCGUGCGUCACCCUCGCCCACUUCAUACCACCUCCCCCUUCUCCCCCCCCCCGGCUUCUCCCUAUCAUCACCCGCAUGUUCCCCCACUCCCCUGUCCACAACGUCCCUCCUCCACCCCCCUUCCUGCCUUCCCCACUCCCACUCUGCCCCCCACACCUCUACGAGCCGUACCUCCCCCUCCAGCCUCCCUUUCCCCCCCAGCUACUUCCGCAUCCAGCGUGGGCUGCACCUCUGCAUCCUGCCCUGCCAGGCCCUUCUACGACCCAACUGCCGCCACCUGACACCACGCGCCUUUGAAGAGGAUGGAACAGAGGAACGCCAAGCCCCACUGGAGGAAAUACACAAGGAGGAGCCAGCACGCUCAAAACCGCGCCCUACCCCCGCGGCCCCAUCCCAGCCUACCCCCCCUUCAGGUGACAGCGGGGACGGUACCCAUGCAUGCCAAGUGGAGAGAUCCCCCAACUCACUCACUACCUCCCAUUCGCAAACCAGAUUACUUGUGAAAACACUUAAUCCUACUAGCACCCCCAAGCACAUAGAAGCGGGAGGGGGCAGAGCCAGGGGGGAACUUGCAGCUAACACUGCACGGAAAGGGGUAAGUGAAUGUGUGGGCGAAGGAGCAGCAGAGGCUGCAGAGGGUGGGGCAGCAAAGGCUGCACGGGAAGGGGCAAUGGGGGUUGUGGGGAAGGGGCAGCAGAGGUUGCAGAGGGAAAACGCAGCAGAGGCUGCAAGGGAAGGGGCAGCAGCGGCUGCACGGGAAAGGGCGGCAGAGGCUGCACGGGAAGGGGCGGCAGGGACCGUGACUCUGGCCAGGCAAAGGGCAGAGGCCAUGGAGACAGAGGGGGAUGUGAUAGCGAUAGAGGAGGAUGAGGGAGAGGAUGUGAUGCACAUUGACGGGCCACUGGCCCAAUACCUCACGCCUGACGAAGGACCGAAGGAGGGGCUGGGGGAGACCUUGAGGACAGAGCCGCACGAGGGAGCCCCCAUCCUCACCUCCCGUCCCCCAGGCACCCCACCCUCAGGUCCCGGUGACAGCGGGGGCGGCACCCAUGCAUGCUCAGUAGAGAGAUCCUCCAACUCACUCGCUACCUCCCAUUCGCAAACCAGAUUACUUGUGAAAACACUUAAUCCUACCCGCACCCCCAAGCACAUAGAAGCGGGAGAGGGCAGAGCCAGGGGGGAACUUGCAGCUGACACUGCACGGGAAGGGGUAAGUGAGUUUGUGUGUGAAGGAGCAGCAGAGGCUACAGAGGAUGGGGCAGCAAAGGCUGCACGGGAAGGGGCAAUGGGGGUUGUGGGGGAAGGGGCAGCAGAGGCUGCAGAGGAAAGGGCAGCAGAGGCUGCAAGGGAAGGGGGCAGCAGCGGCUGCACGGGAAAGGGCGGCAGGGGCUGCACGGGAAGGGGCGGCAGGGACCUCGAGGCUGCAAGGACUGCAGCAGGAGCGACAGAGGCCACAGCGGGGGCUGGUAUAGGGGGAGGUGCUACGGGUGCAGCGGGGAAGGGGGUAACGGGGACUGGUGCGAGGGAGAGUGCCGCCCCGGCUGUAGCAAGAGAGGGUACGGCAGGGGCCUCAAAGGCAGAAGGUGAGGCUGCAGCUGAAGCAGCAGGGAGGGCCAUAGCACGGCCAGUAGGGGCGGCAGGGGCCGCAGCAAACUCGGGGAAACACACAGCAGGGCCGGCAGGGCCGGCAGAGACUGCAAAAGGGGCUAGCAGUAAAGCGGCAGCAGGCGGGGUGGGCUUGGGGGACAUAGGGGCAACAGGGGAAGGAGAGGGGAGGGUGGUCCCGACCGGGGUGGGCACUGAAGAGGGGGAUGUGAUAGCGAUAGAGGAGGAUGAGGGAGAGGAUGUGAUGCACAUUGACGGGCCACUGGCCCAAUACCUCACGCUUGACGGUGAGGCCGACCCGGCCCCCCUGCAGCCUCACGUCGAGGUUCCCCCUCUACCCCCCAUGCCCGUCCCCAUGCUAGCAGAAGGACCGAUGGAGGGGCUGGGGGAGACCUUGAGGACAGAGCCGCGCGAGGGAGCCCCCAUCCUCACCUCCCGUCCUCCAGCCCACCCAGCCCCCAGGAGCACCACUUCCCCACCCCCACCCUCAGGUCCCGCACACCUCUGCCCCCACCCUCAGGGGCUCCUUAGAGCACCACGUGGAGCAGCCAGGGCUCUGGUCUUCCUAGAGGAGCCAUGCUCCCCGACUCCUACCAACACCCAGCCACCCCUUACCGGCCCACUACCCCCUCCUCCACCAGGCCCCCCCCCACCCGGUAGUACACACAUCUCGGAGGUUGAAGCAUCUCUGCGGCCAAAUCCCUCUCCCACACGCUACAGGCACCCAAACCACCCGAGUCGCCGCACAGCCCCAACACGCCCACCCAACAGGCUGCCCUCCCCACACCACCCCCCCCAGGCAGCCGAGACCCACCCGCAAGGGCUUGCGCCCCAGGCUCAUGGGAGCGGCGGCACCCGGGUAGAGGGGCCCACAGGAGAGGCCACCACAGAGCCCACACAAAUCUCUCUCCCCCCACCGUUUGUACCUCGCUCUAACCUCCACACUGGCCCAGCCCCUCGACCCCCACCUCCAACCCCCUCUCCCGGCCGGGUUCCCCACGAGUGGCCCCGUUGGGCAGCCAUCACCCCCCACACACAGCUUGCCCGAUCUGUUCCCACGGAGGGGGAUGUUUCGAGGAGAGAGGGGGAUGCACACAGAGCACCCCCCGCCUGGCGAACCACCCAUCCUCCCUCCACCCACCCCUUUGGCCCCACAGCCCCCCCUUCCUUCACAAACAGGCGCGGACAACCAGGUUGGCCGCCGGCGGAAGAACAGGGGCAGAGGAGGCAGAGGGUCAGCCCACCCCGACCACCAAACCUACACUCCCGCCCCGCUCCUGCACCUCCACAGGGCCAUGGGAGCGGACCAGCCCACUCACCCCCAUUCUGCCCCUCCCGUGCUGUGUCCCCCUCCCAGGUGGCGGCGGCCGCGAUCGCUACUGGGAGGGGGGCCGUCGGGUUGAGGGAUGCGCCCAUGGCAGACGCCACCGACUCCCCCUCCCAUCCCUCCCACCCCUUCCAUGUCGACGACCCCCUACCGCAACCCAUGGUGAUUGGGGAGGGCCAAGGGGGCCUUCUAGGGCAGGGUCCACACCCGAGCUCCGCUCAGCCAGCACGCCCCACUCCACCCUCUACCCUGCCAGCCCUCCUACUCUCACCUACAGGCAGGCAGGUCUUCGAGACCCCAGAGGAGGUGAGGGCUGGCAUUUCAGAUUUGCUGGCGAUACACCGCCUGAGCAGCUCUCCGGCUGCCCCCACCCUUCCAGUCCCACAGGACCGGACCCGGACGUAUGCGGAGGUCACCCGGUCUGUCCCUUCUUUUAUCCCCCCCGCCACUCAGCCAGGCGCGUCACUCCCGACCCCAAUGGAGACGGACCGGGUUCUGAGGCCGUGUCACUCGCACCUAGACGGGGUGGCGCCUCCCCCCGUUCAGCCCGUGGCGCAGGAGGUCACCAGCAGUAGGGAUGAGGCAUCCGCCCCUACCGAGACCCCUCCGCCUGGGGUAGCAGAGCCGUCACUUGAACCGCACCCCGCCGAGGGGCAGGAGCACACCACGGCACACACUUCAGGCUCACCUCCACGUCCCCCCUCCCCAGCUUCAACACCGGUACCGGCACGAGGCCCGGCCCUAUCCUGUGCGACACCACCUCUAUCUUCGCUGACACCCCCCCCGCGCGGGGCUGGUGAGUCGUCUCCUCCCCUCAUCCCAGGCGAUCCUCUCGGAGCUCAGGCCGCCCACGGGGUCCCCUCUACAGCCAGUUCCGACGCCACGGCCCCGAUUGACCCCGCCGACACGGCGACAUCACCCGACCAGGUCGUGAGUUGCCCCACCUGCAGGAGCUCUCUCGCGAACCGACGCGCGCUCCAGCACCACAUUCCCUUCUGCCAUCCUGCGGACGCGGCUCGCAGGGCGCAGGCUGCCCAUGAUACCGCCUCGAUCAUCCCUUCCCUCUCACAGCCCCGUGCGACCGGGAUGCAGUUCACCGACGCACAGUGGCAGACGCUCGACUCGGUGGACUGGACAGAGUACUUCUCGCCCGAGCGUAUCCAUACACGCCCUCUCCGACGUGUCCCGGAGAGGGUCCGCGGAGGAUAUCUUGACGUCCUCAGUGCGAUCCUAGUCCGCAUUGCCCAGGACCCGGAGGCUGCUGGCCCUACCUUCCUCCUCGCUGCAGCGCCGACUCUUUUCCUUGUUCCAGCGACGCCACCCGACCGCUCGCACACGGCUGCCAUUGCAACGCGCAUCUCUCGCUUUGGUCGAGGUGAGUGGGCUGAGCUAGUCUCAGAUGCACUAGGCCGUCGCACACCCCUUCCUCGCCGCACAGGUCACCGGUCACGCACCGCCACCGAUCCCUCUGCAGCAGAUGAGCGCCGCAUUGCACGUUGCCUUCGUCUGGCAGCGUGCAAUGAGACCUCACGGGCGUGCGCGGCUCUCGAGUCCGCGGAGGCAGCCCCAGAUACACAGGGGACGAUACAGCGCCUGCAGUCGAAGCACCCCAACGCGGAGAGGCCGACCCCAGCUUGGCUGUCUGGCUUCCAGGGGUCCCCUCUCGUGCUCUCGGUGGAUCACUUACGCCGCGCGAUUUUCACAGCUCCGCGGGGCUCUUCGGGAGGACCGUCCGGUUGGGUCGCUGAGCACCUGCGAGACACUUUCCUAGCUUUCCCUCAGAGUCUCCAUUUCCUCCUGGCCGUGUACCAGCAGUGGCUCCGAGGCCGUUGCGCUCCAGCUGCGCGCUCCUUGCUAGCGUCCUCCACCCUCGUGGCUCUGGCGAAGUCGAACAUGGAUGUUCGGCCGAUUGCCAUCGGCGAGGUUUUGGUCCGCAUUCUUUCUCGGGCAGUUUGUCUCCAGCUACGUGACCAGAUGGCGAGGGUCUUCUUGGCAUCACAGCAGUUUGGGGUGGGGGUUACGUGCGGGACAGAGGUCGUAGUUAGAGGCGUCCGCCGCGCUCUGGCUGACCACCCAGACUGGGUGGUCCUGCAGCUAGACGUGGCGAAUGCCUUUAACUCUUUCCACCGAGACAGGAUGUUUCAGGCGCUGCAGGCCAGUCCGGAGUUUCAGUGUCUGAUCCCCUUCAUCGGCCUCUUCUACGGGACGCCCUCGGAUCUCCACUACAGGUCAGGCACGGGAGUGGUCACGAUGCACUCGGAGCGGGGCACUCGCCAGGGAGACCCUCUCAGCCCCUUCUUGUACGCUCUGACACAGCGUCUUGCUUUGGAGCCGGUUCUGGCGGAGGGGGAUGUCCAGCUCUGGUCGUACGCCGAUGACACGUACGUGCUAGGUCCCCCAGACAGGGUGCUGCACCAUUUUGCCGAGAUCGUGAGGCGCUUGGGCGAGAUGGGCCUUGCAGCCCAGCCGCACAAGUGCCUCGUCUACCAGACAGAGUCCUUUCUGUCCAGGGAUCUGGAGGCUUUCACGGGCCUAGGGAUCGAGGUCGCACGCCGAGGGCUCACCGUGACAGGCGUACCGGUAGGCACCGUUUCGUUCGUGGAGCAGAGUCUCCCGGAUCGUCUCGAGAGGAUGGGGCGGGUGCUACCUUGGCUUCCGAGGUUGCGCCAGCCCCAGACAGCUGCCCGCCUUCUUUCGGCGUGUGUCAGCACUCGUCCGCAGUACCUGUCGAGGACCGUCCCUCCUUCGCCCGCAGUGAUCUCCAGUUUUACACGGUGGGACGCACGCCUGGGAGAGACUUUUCAGCAGCUUUUAGCUUCAGGGACCUGGGCUUGUCGCGAGGACGUCCGAGAGGCCGCCCUAGACCAGAUCUUCCUCCCCAUCCGUCUCGGGGGUUUCGGCAUUCGUCGCAUGGCGCGCAUUGCCCCGGUGAGUUUCGUGUGCUCCUGGGUGCAGUGUGCACCCAUUCUCUGUUCUCUCCCUGCGUGUGGCGAGGUGUUUCGGCAGAGCUUCGCUUCAGGUGAGCCAGAGCAGAUCGACCGGGCUCUGCAGACGGCGCUAGAGGGUCUCCCUCCUGACGUUCUCUCUCUCCUUCCCCCCUGGCCCUCUUGCGCUUCUGCCUCCCCCGAUUCCCUUUUUGCAGGAGCGAGCCGUCUUCUGGAGGCGCAUGCCUUGGAGGCCGUGCGUGCCCGUCACACCUCUCCCUUGCACCUUGCCCGUUUGACUUCCCUUCAGGGCGGAGGUGCAGGAGCGUGGUUGACGUCGGUGCCGUACGCCGACCCACUGCGCAUCCCGGAGGCGCUGUGGCAGGCGGCUUCAUCUUCUCGUCUUGGUCUCCCUAUCCCCCAGUUAGCCCUUGCAGGUCAGUGCUCCUGCGGACAGGCGAUUGACGACAUGACGGUGCCUCAUCACGCGGUUCGGUGCCCGCGUUACGGGGUCGCCACUACCAUCCACGACACGGUGAAGUACAUGCUUCGAGACUUUGCGGUCGAGGCGGGCUUCGCGGUAAAGGUGGAGGACUCUACGCUGUUCACACAGUUGGAGGCGGCUCGAGCGAGACUACUGGGACAGCCAGUGGUGGGAGAGGGGACACGGGCUGAGGGACCGGGGGAGCGGAGAGGCGAGGCGGGACAGCCGGGUGGCGGGGGACAGUGGGGACGGCACCAGCUGCGGGGUCAGGUGGAGCGAGGGACAGGUGGGCAGAGGGGACGGCAGGGGGAGCAGACGGGCCAGGACGGGGAGGGGGGACGGCACAGGCAGCAGCAGGAGAGCCAGUGGAGGCCGCGGGCCCAGGGCGCCGCGCCUCCAGGUUCGGCCUCGGGGGCGGGGCAGGGGCGGGAGCAGCAGAGAGCGGACGGAGGUACAGGAGGGGCAGCGGGAUUGGGAGGGGAGGGCCAGGGAGUGAGAGAGGCAGCAGGGGAUGGAGCAGGGGGGUCGGGAGGUUUGGGGGAGGGUAGGGAGGGGGAGGGGAGAGGACAGGUGGAUGGAGGAGAGGAGAGGGGGAGAGAGACGAUCGGAGAGGGGGCACCAAGGGACCAGACAGGGCAGCAGCCAGCGCAACAGCAGGGACCAGUCGGACGCACAGGCCGUGUAGGCACCGCCUCCCGCAUUCCAGACCUCACCUGCCGCGACGUUGGCCAGGGUCUGAUGGUUCUUGUGGAUGUCUCCAUAGCGGAUCCACAGCGGGAGGGGAACGUGCAGCUGAGACGGGCGACCCCCACACAGAUUGGAGUGGCAGCAGCUAGGCGGGUGCAGGAGAAGCUGCGUCACUGGGGGCCGCACUUAGAGGGGCUGCAGCCGGCACCACACUUUUACGCGUGCGUGGCGGAGACCUUUGGCCUUCUGAGUGAGCCGCUGCGUCAGUUUCUGGGGCUCUGCGCAAAGAGGAUAGCACAGCGGAGGAGGGAUAGAGGUGGGGGGGAUGACGGAUCGGCACGGAUAUUUGAGGCAGGACUCACUACACGCCUCUCCGUUGCACUGCAGCGCGCGCAGGCUCAAUGCAUGAUCCAGCAUGCGUCACACCCCCUGCCCCCUCAUGCCAUCCGCUCCCCCCGCCCCUACCCUCCGCGUGCCCGCUCCCUUGCCGCCUCUUUUGACCCUCCCUGCCCCCCUCGCCGUUUCCCACCGCCCGCCAUUCGCUCCUCCCCGCCCGUGCGCUCCCCUCCUUUACCUUCUCCUCCCCCCUCCCCUCCUCUGCUGCACGCCUCUUCCUUCCCCUCGCCGACCCACUCCACUCCCUGCCCCUCCUCAAUCCGCACCCUGCCCCUCGUAUCUCGCCCCCCUAUGCUUGGUUUCUCCCCUCCCUGCCCCUCGCCGCCUUUCCCCGCUCCCCACCUCCCCCCUCUCCCUGCCCCCCCCACUCUCCCCCCCCCCUUGUCCUUGGCUUCCUACCUCCCUGCCUCACCUUUCCCCCCUCCGUGUGCUCAGCUUCUCCCCUCCCUGCCCCUCCCUCCUCCCCGCCCUGCCCCUCAUUUUCCGCCCCCCCCCCCCCACCGCCCGGUUUCUCCCCUCCCCGCGCCUCCCUUUCUUUCUCCGUGCCUCUCCUUUGCUCCCUCCCUGCCCCCGCCUGCCCAUGCCCCUGUCUUUGGCUUCUCCCCUCCCUGCCCCACGUUUCUUCCCUCCCUGCCCCCCGUCUGCCCCUCCCUUGUUUUCCCCUCACCCAUUGCUUCUCUCCUCCCUGCCCUUGAUUUCCCACACCCCUGCCCUCGUUUCCUAUCAUCCAUGCCCCUCGUUUCCCCCCUUUGUACGUUCAGCCUCUUCCCUCCCUGCCCCUCCCUUCCUCCCCCCCUGCCCUUUGGCUCUCCCCUCGUUACGCUCCCUUCUCCCCAUCCCUGCUGCCCUCUUACCACCAUCAGCCCAUCCCCACGACCAGCCCCCCUCCCACCCUUCAAUCCCCCCCUCCCUCUCUCUCUCUCUCUCUCUCUCUCUCUCUCUCUCUCUUUCUCACACACACACACACACGCACACUCCCCUCCCCCACCCCCCCCACCUACAUCCUCCCAUUCUGCCCCUCCCUGCCCCUUUCCCACCCCCUCGCACGCCCCUCACCUCCCACCUCCGUGCAACUGGUUUCCCCCCUAUGGUGCCACCCUUGCAUCGCUCGCCCCUCUGCUCACCCUCUGCCCGCCCCUUUUCCGUGCCCUCAGUUGGCCCAGCCCCUGCCCGUUGCUGCCCCUCCCCUUGCCCCCUCAACUCCCCUGCCCCCCGUACACCCCAAGUCCCAUCCAACCGCCCCCACCCUCCCCCGGCUGCCCGUUUCCGCUCUCCACCCCCGCGACCGUGUGCGGCUUCCAACCGCCCAACGGUGGUGCGCACGGGGCUCACACCCCCUGCCCCCUCAUGCCAUCCGCUCCCCCCGCCCCUACCCUCCGCGUGCCCGCUCCCUUGCCGCCUCUUUUGACCCUCCCUGCCCCCCCUCGCCGUUUCCCACCGCCCGCCAUUCGCUCCUCCCCGCCCGUGCGCUCCCCUCCUUUACCUUCUCCUCCCCCCUCCCCUCCUCUGCUGCACGCCUCUUCCUUCCCCUCGCCGACCCACUCCACUCCCUGCCCCUCCUCAAUCCGCACCCUGCCCCUCGUAUCUCGCCCCCCUAUGCUUGCUUCUCCCCUCCCUGCCCCUCCCUCCUCCCCGCCCUGCCCCUCAUUUUCCGCCCCCCCCCCCCCACGCCCGGUUUCUCCCCUCCCCGCGCCUCCCUUUCUUUCUCCGUGCCUCUCCUUUGCUCCCUCCCUGCCCCCGCCUGCCCAUGCCCCUGUCUUUGGCUUCUCCCCUCCCUGCCCCACGUUUCUUCCCUCCCUGCCCCCCGUCUGCCCCUCCCUUGUUUUCCCCUCACCCAUUGCUUCUCUCCUCCCUGCCCUUGAUUUCCCACACCCCUGCCCUCGUUUCCUAUCAUCCAUGCCCCUCGUUUCCCCCCUUUGUACGUUCAGCCUCUUCCCUCCCUGCCCCUCCCUUCCUCCCCCCCUGCCCUUUGCUCUCCCCUCGUUACGCUCCCUUCUCCCCAUCCCUGCUGCCCUCUUACCACCAUCAGCCCAUCCCCACGACCAGCCCCCCUCCCACCCUUCAAUCCCCCCCUCCCUCUCUCUCUCUCUCUCUCUCUCUCUCUCUCUCUUUCUCACACACACACACACACGCACACUCCCCUCCCCCACCCCCCCCACCUACAUCCUCCCAUUCUGCCCCUCCCUGCCCCUUUCCCACCCCCUCGCACGCCCCUCACCUCCCACCUCCGUGCAACUGCCCCUGCCCGUUGCUGCCCCUCCCCUUGCCCCCUCAACUCCCCUGCCCCCCGUACACCCCAAGUCCCAUCCAACCGCCCCCACCCUCCCCCGGCUGCCCGUUUCCGCUCUCCACCCCCGCGACCGUGUGCGGCUUCCAACCGCCCAACGGUGGUGCGCACGGGGCCAUUACCGCCCCUCUCCCCUUAUCCCCCACCACGCCCCCAAGCAGGCCUUUCUCCCCCCAGCCUCCCGUCUCCCUGCCCUUAGUACCGCCGCGCUCUGCCCGUGCGUCACCCUUGCCCACUUCAUACCACCUCCCCCUUCUCCCCCCCCCCCCGGCUUCUCCCUAUCAUCACCCGCAUGUUCCCCCACUCCCCUGUCCACAACGUCCCUCCACCCCCCUUCCUGCUUUCCCCACUCCCACUCUGCCCCCCACACCUCUACGAGCCGUACUUCCCCCUCCAGCCUCCCUUUCCCCCCCAGCUACUUCCGCAUCCAGCGUGGGCUGCACCUCUGCAUCCCGCCCUGCCAGGCCCUUCGCCAAGGUCUACACCCCUUGCUUUUGCUCCCUGGGCUGUGCCGUCCCCAACCUCCCUCCGCCUUUCCGCGGCACCAGACCGCCUCUCCCUCCCCCAGCCAACUUUUGCACCCCCUGUUCCUGCCCCUUGUGCCCUCCAACACCCUACCUCAACCCCCCCAGUCUCCCCCUUCUCCAACACCCUCCAUAUUUCCUCCCCCCUGGGGCUCGCCCAUCCGCAGCUAUCACCCUUCAUCGAUUCCCCAAUUCCCUCUGUCCCCUGUUUCCCGGCCCCGCAUCCUAUCCUGCAUUUACCACAGCACCUCCUUUCGGUGCCCUCUCUGCCCUCCCACGUUCUCACCCCCCGCCUCCCAACCUUCUCAUUACCCGCUACCAGGCUCACGCCAACUCGACUACCCACUACCCUUUGCCCCUUCCUCUCUGUUCCCCACCCUUCCUUUCCCACCUGGCUCCACCUGCCCACCCCCACCUCCCGUGGAAUUCUGCCCUGCCCUCCCCACCUCUGGCCCACCACCUGUCCCCACACCCUGCUCACCCACCGCUACACCACCCCCGCCCCCCCACCUCCACUACAGCCCGCCAACACUUCCCCUCUCAAUCGGCCCCCAGCCCGCCCCCCCCUUGGGCCCCAAUCCCCUCCAACUGUCAGGCCCCCUCUACCCUCUCUUCCACCCACUGCGCACCGCUUUCCCCACCCUUUUCCCCUUUCCCCAAGCUAACCCCCCGCACCCCGGCCUCUGCCAGGGAGUUCCUUCCCCCUUUGACGCCCUCUUGAGCCAACCCCAGCAACUCACACCGCCACCGCCAGGCAUGCUGCCUCUAGCCAGGGGGGAACUUGCAGCUGACACUGCACGGGAAGGGGUAAGUGAGUUUGUGUGUGAAGGAGCAGCAGAGGCUACAGAGGAUGGGGCAGCAAAGGCUGCACGGGAAGGGGCAAUGGGGGUUGUGGGGGAAGGGGCAGCAGAGGCUGCAGAGGAAAGGGCAGCAGAGGCUGCAAGGGAAGGGGCAGCAGCGGCUGCACGGGAAAGGGCGGCAGGGGCUGCACGGGAAGGGGCGGCAGGGACCGUGACUCUGGCCAGGCAAAGGGCAGAGGCCAUGGAGACAGGUUUUGCAGGAGUAGGGGCCACGGAACCUGCUGCUGCGUCGGCUGGGGGAACCGCAGCAGAGGAGGCUAUAGGGACCGCACCAGUCGAGGCUGCAAGGACUGCAGCAGGAGCGACAGAGGCCACAGCGGGGGCUGGUAUAGGGGGAGGUGCUACGGGUGCAGCGGGGAAGGGGGUAACGGGGACUGGUGCGAGGGAGAGUGCCGCCCCGGCUGUAGCAAGAGAGGGUACGGCAGGGGCCUCAAAGGCAGAAGGUGAGGCUGCAGCUGAAGCAGCAGGGAGGGCCAUAGCACGGCCAGUAGGGGCGGCAGGGGCCGCAGCAAACUCGGGGAAACACACAGCAGGGCCGGCAGGGCCGGCAGAGACUGCAAAAGGGGCUAGCAGUAAAGCGGCAGCAGGCGGGGUGGGCUUGGGGGACAUAGGGGCAACAGGGGAAGGAGAGGGGAGGGUGGUCCCGACCGGGGUGGGCACUGAAGAGGGGGAUGUGAUAGCGAUAGAGGAGGAUGAGGGAGAGGAUGUGAUGCACAUUGACGGGCCACUGGCCCAAUACCUCACGCUUGACGGUGAGGCCGACCCGGCCCCCCUGCAGCCUCACGUCGAGGUUCCCCCUCUACCCCCCAUGCCCGUCCCCAUGCUAGCAGAAGGACCGAUGGAGGGGCUGGGGGAGACCUUGAGGACAGAGCCGCGCGAGGGAGCCCCCAUCCUCACCUCCCGUCCUCCAGCCCACCCAGCCCCCAGGAGCACCACUUCCCCACCCCCACCCUCAGGUCCCGCACACCUCUGCCCCCACCCUCAGGGGCUCCUUAGAGCACCACGUGGAGCAGCCAGGGCUCUGGUCUUCCUAGAGGAGCCAUGCUCCCCGACUCCUACCAACACCCAGCCACCCCUUACCGGCCCACUACCCCCCUCCUCCACCAGGCCCCCCCCCACCCGUCGCCGCACAGCCCCAACACGCCCACCCAACAGGCUGCCCUCCCCACACCACCCCCCCCAGGCAGCCGAGACCCACCCGCAAGGGCUUGCGCCCCAGGCUCAUGGGAGCGGCGGCACCCGGGUAGAGGGGCCCACAGGAGAGGCCACCACAGAGCCCACACAAAUCUCUCUCCCCCCACCGUUUGUACCUCGCUCUAACCUCCACACUGGCCCAGCCCCUCGACCCCCACCUCCAACCCCCUCUCCCGGCCGGGUUCCCCACGAGUGGCCCCGUUGGGCAGCCAUCACCCCCCACACACAGCUUGCCCGAUCUGUUCCCACGGAGGGGGAUGUUUCGAGGAGAGUGGGGAUGCACACAGAGCACCCCCUGCCUGGCGAACCACCCAUCCUCCCUCCACCCACCCCUUUGGCCCCACAGCCCCCCCUUCCUUCACAAACAGGCGCGGACAACCAGGUUGGCCGCCGGCGGAAGAACAGGGGCAGAGGAGGCAGAGGGUCAGCCCACGUACUCCCCCCUCCCUCCCUCCCCCACCAAGAGCCCCUCCCCACCUCACAUCCCGUUGAACAAUUACCAGGCCCUACCUCUACAGCCCGACCACCAAACCUACACUCCCGCCCCGCUCCUGCACCUCCACAGGGCCAUGGGAGCGGACCAGCCCACUCACCCCCAUUCUGCCCCUCCCGUGCUGUGUCCCCCUCCCAGGUGGCGGCGGCCGCGAUCGCUACUGGGAGGGGGGCCGUCGGGUUGAGGGAUGCGCCCAUGGCAGACGCCACCGACUCCCCCUCCCAUCCCUCCCACCCCUUCCAUGUCGACGACCCCCUACCGCAACCCAUGGUGAUUGGGGAGGGCCAAGGGGGCCUUCUAGGGCAGGGUCCACACCCGAGCUCCGCUCAGCCAGCACGCCCCACUCCACCCUCUACCCUGCCAGCCCUCCUACUCUCACCUACAGGCAGGCAGGUCUUCGAGACCCCAGAGGAGGUGAGGGCUGGCAUUUCAGAUUUGCUGGCGAUACACCGCCUGAGCAGCUCUCCGGCUGCCCCCACCCUUCCAGUCCCACAGGACCGGACCCGGACGUAUGCGGAGGUCACCCGGUCUGUCCCUUCUUUUAUCCCCCCCGCCACUCAGCCAGGCGCGUCACUCCCGACCCCAAUGGAGACGGACCGGGGUCUGAGGCCGUGUCACUCGCACCUAGACGGGGUGGCGCCUCCCCCCGUUCAGCCCGUGGCGCAGGAGGUCACCAGCAGUAGGGAUGAGGCAUCCGCCCCUACCGAGACCCCUCCGCCUGGGGUAGCAGAGCCGUCACUUGAACCGCACCCCGCCGAGGGGCAGGAGCACACCACGGCACACACUUCAGGCUCACCUCCACGUCCCCCCUCCCCAGCUUCAACACCGGUACCGGCACGAGGCCCGGCCCUAUCCUGUGCGACACCACCUCUAUCUUCGCUGACACCCCCCCCGCGCGGGGCUGGUGAGUCGUCUCCUCCCCUCAUCCCAGGCGAUCCUCUCGGAGCUCAGGCCGCCCACGGGGUCCCCUCUACAGCCAGUUCCGACGCCACGGCCCCGAUUGACCCCGCCGACACGGCGACAUCACCCGACCAGGUCGUGAGUUGCCCCACCUGCAGGAGCUCUCUCGCGAACCGACGCGCGCUCCAGCACCACAUUCCCUUCUGCCAUCCUGCGGACGCGGCUCGCAGGGCGCAGGCUGCCCAUGAUACCGCCUCGAUCAUCCCUUCCCUCUCACAGCCCCGUGCGACCGGGAUGCAGUUCACCGACGCACAGUGGCAGACGCUCGACUCGGUGGACUGGACAGAGUACUUCUCGCCCGAGCGUAUCCAUACACGCCCUCUCCGACGUGUCCCGGAGAGGGUCCGCGGAGGAUAUCUUGACGUCCUCAGUGCGAUCCUAGUCCGCAUUGCCCAGGACCCGGAGGCUGCUGGCCCUACCUUCCUCCUCGCUGCAGCGCCGACUCUUUUCCUUGUUCCAGCGACGCCACCCGACCGCUCGCACACGGCUGCCAUUGCAACGCGCAUCUCUCGCUUUGGUCGAGGUGAGUGGGCUGAGCUAGUCUCAGAUGCACUAGGCCGUCGCACACCCCUUCCUCGCCGCACAGGUCACCGGUCACGCACCGCCACCGAUCCCUCUGCAGCAGAUGAGCGCCGCAUUGCACGUUGCCUUCGUCUGGCAGCGUGCAAUGAGACCUCACGGGCGUGCGCGGCUCUCGAGUCCGCGGAGGCAGCCCCAGAUACACAGGGGACGAUACAGCGCCUGCAGUCGAAGCACCCCAACGCGGAGAGGCCGACCCCAGCUUGGCUGUCUGGCUUCCAGGGGUCCCCUCUCGUGCUCUCGGUGGAUCACUUACGCCGCGCGAUUUUCACAGCUCCGCGGGGCUCUUCGGGAGGACCGUCCGGUUGGGUCGCUGAGCACCUGCGAGACACUUUCCUAGCUUUCCCUCAGAGUCUCCAUUUCCUCCUGGCCGUGUACCAGCAGUGGCUCCGAGGCCGUUGCGCUCCAGCUGCGCGCUCCUUGCUAGCGUCCUCCACCCUCGUGGCUCUGGCGAAGUCGAACAUGGAUGUUCGGCCGAUUGCCAUCGGCGAGGUUUUGGUCCGCAUUCUUUCUCGGGCAGUUUGUCUCCAGCUACGUGACCAGAUGGCGAGGGUCUUCUUGGCAUCACAGCAGUUUGGGGUGGGGGUUACGUGCGGGACAGAGGUCGUAGUUAGAGGCGUCCGCCGCGCUCUGGCUGACCACCCAGACUGGGUGGUCCUGCAGCUAGACGUGGCGAAUGCCUUUAACUCUUUCCACCGAGACAGGAUGUUUCAGGCGCUGCAGGCCAGUCCGGAGUUUCAGUGUCUGAUCCCCUUCAUCGGCCUCUUCUACGGGACGCCCUCGGAUCUCCACUACAGGUCAGGCACGGGAGUGGUCACGAUGCACUCGGAGCGGGGCACUCGCCAGGGAGACCCUCUCAGCCCCUUCUUGUACGCUCUGACACAGCGUCUUGCUUUGGAGCCGGUUCUGGCGGAGGGGGAUGUCCAGCUCUGGUCGUACGCCGAUGACACGUACGUGCUAGGUCCCCCAGACAGGGUGCUGCACCAUUUUGCCGAGAUCGUGAGGCGCUUGGGCGAGAUGGGCCUUGCAGCCCAGCCGCACAAGUGCCUCGUCUACCAGACAGAGUCCUUUCUGUCCAGGGAUCUGGAGGCUUUCACGGGCCUAGGGAUCGAGGUCGCACGCCGAGGGCUCACCGUGACAGGCGUACCGGUAGGCACCGUUUCGUUCGUGGAGCAGAGUCUCCCGGAUCGUCUCGAGAGGAUGGGGCGGGUGCUACCUUGGCUUCCGAGGUUGCGCCAGCCCCAGACAGCUGCCCGCCUUCUUUCGGCGUGUGUCAGCACUCGUCCGCAGUACCUGUCGAGGACCGUCCCUCCUUCGCCCGCAGUGAUCUCCAGUUUUACACGGUGGGACGCACGCCUGGGAGAGACUUUUCAGCAGCUUUUAGCUUCAGGGACCUGGGCUUGUCGCGAGGACGUCCGAGAGGCCGCCCUAGACCAGAUCUUCCUCCCCAUCCGUCUCGGGGGUUUCGGCAUUCGUCGCAUGGCGCGCAUUGCCCCGAGCUUCGCUUCAGGUGAGCCAGAGCAGAUCGACCGGGCUCUGCAGACGGCGCUAGAGGGUCUCCCUCCUGACGUUCUCUCUCUCCUUCCCCCCUGGCCCUCUUGCGCUUCUGCCUCCCCCGAUUCCCUUUUUGCAGGAGCGAGCCGUCUUCUGGAGGCGCAUGCCUUGGAGGCCGUGCGUGCCCGUCACACCUCUCCCUUGCACCUUGCCCGUUUGACUUCCCUUCAGGGCGGAGGUGCAGGAGCGUGGUUGACGUCGGUGCCGUACGCUGACCCACUGCGCAUCCCGGAGGCGCUGUGGCAGGCGGCUUCAUCUUCUCGUCUUGGUCUCCCUAUCCCCCAGUUAGCCCUUGCAGGUCAGUGCUCCUGCGGACAGGCGAUUGACGACAUGACGGUGCCUCAUCACGCGGUUCGGUGCCCGCGUUACGGGGUCGCCACUACCAUCCACGACACGGUGAAGUACAUGCUUCGAGACUUUGCGGUCGAGGCGGGCUUCGCGGUAAAGGUGGAGGACUCUACGCUGUUCACACAGUUGGAGGCGGCUCGAGCGAGACUACUGGGACAGCCAGUGGUGGGAGAGGGGACACGGGCUGAGGGACCGGGGGAGCGGAGAGGCGAGGCGGGACAGCCGGGUGGCGGGGGACAGUGGGGACGGCACCAGCUGCGGGGUCAGGUGGAGCGAGGGACAGGUGGGCAGAGGGGACGGCAGGGGGAGCAGACGGGCCAGGACGGGGAGGGGGGACGGCACAGGCAGCAGCAGGAGAGCCAGUGGAGGCCGCGGGCCCAGGGCGCCGCGCCUCCAGGUUCGGCCUCGGGGGCGGGGCAGGGGCGGGAGCAGCAGAGAGCGGACGGAGGUACAGGAGGGGCAGCGGGAUUGGGAGGGGAGGGCCAGGGAGUGAGAGAGGCAGCAGGGGAUGGAGCAGGGGGGUCGGGAGGUUUGGGGGAGGGUAGGGAGGGGGAGGGGAGAGGACAGGUGGAUGGAGGAGAGGAGAGGGGGAGAGAGACGAUCGGAGAGGGGGCACCAAGGGACCAGACAGGGCAGCAGCCAGCGCAACAGCAGGGACCAGUCGGACGCACAGGCCGUGUAGGCACCGCCUCCCGCAUUCCAGACCUCACCUGCCGCGACGUUGGCCAGGGUCUGAUGGUUCUUGUGGAUGUCUCCAUAGCGGAUCCACAGCGGGAGGGGAACGUGCAGCUGAGACGGGCGACCCCCACACAGAUUGGAGUGGCAGCAGCUAGGCGGGUGCAGGAGAAGCUGCGUCACUGGGGGCCGCACUUAGAGGGGCUGCAGCCGGCACCACACUUUUACGCGUGCGUGGCGGAGACCUUUGGCCUUCUGAGUGAGCCGCUGCGUCAGUUUCUGGGGCUCUGCGCAAAGAGGAUAGCACAGCGGAGGAGGGAUAGAGGUGGGGGGGAUGACGGAUCGGCACGGAUAUUUGAGGCAGGACUCACUACACGCCUCUCCGUUGCACUGCAGCGCGCGCAGGCUCAAUGCAUGAUCCAGCAUGCGUCACACCCCCUGCCCCCUCAUGCCAUCCGCUCCCCCCGCCCCUACCCUCCGCGUGCCCGCUCCCUUGCCGCCUCUUUUGACCCUCCCUGCCCCCCCUCGCCGUUUCCACCGCCCGCCAUUCGCUCCUCCCCGCCCGUGCGCUCCCCUCCUUUACCUUCUCCUCCCCCCUCCCCUCCUCUGCUGCACGCCUCUUCCUUCCCCUCGCCGACCCACUCCACUCCCUGCCCCUCCUCAAUCCGCACCCUGCCCCUCGUAUCUCGCCCCCCUAUGCUUGGUUUCUCCCCUCCCUGCCCCUCGCCGCCUUUCCCCGCUCCCCACCUCCCCCCUCUCCCUGCCCCCCCCACUCUCCCCCCCCCCUUGUCCUUGGCUUCCUACCUCCCUGCCUCACCUUUCCCCCCUCCGUGUGCUCAGCUUCUCCCCUCCCUGCCCCUCCCUCCUCCCCGCCCUGCCCCUCAUUUUCCGCCCCCCCCCCCCCCACGCCCGGUUUCUCCCCUCCCCGCGCCUCCCUUUCUUUCUCCGUGCCUCUCCUUUGCUCCCUCCCUGCCCCCGCCUGCCCAUGCCCCUGUCUUUGGCUUCUCCCCUCCCUGCCCCACGUUUCUUCCCUCCCUGCCCCCCGUCUGCCCCUCCCUUGUUUUCCCCUCACCCAUUGCUUCUCUCCUCCCUGCCCUUGAUUUCCCACACCCCUGCCCUCGUUUCCUAUCAUCCAUGCCCCUCCCCCUGCCCGUUGCUGCCCCUCCCCUUGCCCCCUCAACUCCCCUGCCCCCCGUACACCCCAAGUCCCAUCCAACCGCCCCCACCCUCCCCGGCUGCCCGUUUCCGCUCUCCACCCCCGCGACCGUGUGCGGCUUCCAACCGCCCAACGGUGGUGCGCACGGGGCGUUUCUUCGCAUGGGCAAGCCUCCCCGGGGGCCCCCCACCCCGCUGGGUCGUU